AUGUGUCCCUGCUGGCAAAACGACGAAUCCCGAAGUCGCUGUACAGAGAGAACGGUCCUUGAUCUCGAGCAAUAUCGUAUCAUGGUCGACGAUCUAAAAGAGCAUACGAACGGUCUUGAACGCGAAAAUCAGAAGUUGAAAGACGAAAUUGAAAUUCUCAAUCAAAAGUCCCAGAAUCUCAAAACUGAGAAUGAAAGACUUUCUAGCGAGGAAAAACGACUGAAUACGAGAAAUUACAAUUUGUGGAAAAAGCUUCGAGAAAAAGAUUCGGAAAUAAAGAGGCUUCAAACUGAGAAGGAAGAUUUGAUCGCUGCCAAUGAAGAACUAAGAACAUCGAAAACAGCUACAGAGGAAGUGCAGACUGCCUUGGCUGAAAUCAAGGAAGAUUUAGAUGAAACAAAAAUGGAGAAAAGCGAGAUUCAAGAAGAUUUGGACAUUGAAAGAAUCAGAAAUUCUGAUCUUCAAAGCGAAAUCGAAUAUUGCAGAAACGAAAUUCAAGAAGAAAAGGCGCAAUGCUUUAAAAAUACUCAGGCUUUGACGAUUGAUCUUGAGCGGACUGAAGACGAGAAAGAAGCAAUCGAAACACGAAUAGCAUUUUAUGAAAGAGAUCUUGAGAAACUCAAGUUCGAAAACGAAAACUGCUUUGGACGGGAGAAGAAUUCAUUGAUGGUUCUUUCUGGCUACGAGUCUCAAACAGAGUUUCUCAGCUACGUUCUUAAACCUGACGGAAGCGAGAAUCCUCGGACAAUCAAGAUCCCUUCGUCGAAUAAUCAAUUCCAUUACCUUUACGCUGCAAUCUCUGCUUUGAUCCGAGGAAAAGUCUAUAUUUUUGGUGAAGGAUGGGGCUAUGGACUCAGGAUAAGAAUGAUAAGUGGCUGUGAAAUCAAGGAGUUAGAUGUCAAACUCAACAAUCAAUAUACUUGGGGCUCUUCUGUAGUAACGGCGGCUGAUCAGCAAUCUGCGAUGAUUUGCUUUCCGGAUGAUGAUGAGUGGAAAAACUGCGAAGAAUUCGAUGGAAGUGCUGUUUCAAUAAAACAGUCGACGAAGUUCUCGCACAGAAGUUCAUGCUUGGCGCUUUACAAGGACCAACCAGUUGCAGUCAGCUCCGGACUUCCUGACGGCUACAAAAAAGUGGAGAAAUUCGGUGGCGUUUCUUGGACGGAAAUGGAAGAUUUUCCAAAGGCAAUUUAUAUUCACUCCUGCAUUGGAGUUUUCGACGGAUAUCUUCUCCUGGGAGGGGAAUACAAACAAAAUCAUAAAUAUUACAGUUCAAAAGAUGUUUAUCUACUUCGUGACUCAAGAUGGACUGUGGUUGGCAAACUAAAUAAAUAUCAUUUUUACUCUUCUGCAACGCGAAUUGGAAAUACGAUUUAUCUUGUGAGCGGCAAAAAAGAACCUUACGCCGUGGAAAAACUAGAAUGGGAUGAAGAAAAAAUAUCCUCGGCAAAAGUCGUCAACAACCACUCAAACGAAUUUUAUCGCCCGAUAAUAUUCCCUGUCGAUGAAUUUUACUGUACAUAA